AUUAUCUUGCAGUGAAAUCAAAGAAUUAAGAAAUCUUGCGGCUUUGGGUGUCGUUCAUGUGGUAAAAUCAGAAUGGCUGCAGGAUUGUGACCGUGAGAAGAAAGAAGUUCCUGUUCUAAGGAAGCAUAUUGCUUAUGAUUUACUUCUUCCGAAAGAUCCUAUUCACUGUAGUAACGGAGCUGGAACCAGCACGAGUAUGAAAAGACAAGGAAAAUCCUAUGGGCAUACUAUAUCUUCAGAUGAACAUGCAUGGAGAGGCACAGAUUCUGGAUGUGCAAUGCCAUCAGACAAAAACAAAGAACUAGAAAAUAUGAAUGACAUUAGAACUUCUUUGAGAGAGAAUGGGGUUCAACAUCAGCCAUAUUCUUCUAAUCACAAAGAUGAGAAGCUACUGAAUGAAUCUGGUUGUGCUGUUAAUGGUAGAAAGCCAUCUAGUGUGUUCGAGGGAAGGCGGUUUUGCUUUUCAGCUUCAUUUCCCGUUGAUCGGAGAGCUGAAAUUGUUGAGUGGGUUAGUCAAGGGGGAGGAGUGGUGGUGGAAGAUCAAACUGAAACAAAUGUGCAUUUCACUGUCGAGUGUCAUGGUACGUUGUGCUCCGAGAAAGAUGGUGCUGCGGCUACUUUUGUAUCAAGUCACUGGAUUAAGUCUUGUCUGGAGGAUGGAUGCUUGCUGGAUGUUGGUAGUCACAUCCUCUAUUCUCCACUUCCAUGCCGAGUUCCUUUCCCUGCAUUCCAGAGUUUUCGCUUCUGUGUUUCGCAGUAUGAUGAGAAAGAAAGACAGUUGCUGAGAAAUUUGUGUUUUACAAUUGGAGCCAAAUUUGCUGAGAAAUUGACUAAAAGGGUCACACAUUUGUUGUGUAAAUUUAUCAGUGGCCCUAAAUAUGAGGUUGCAUGUAAGUGGGGAAUACAACCAGUCACUUGUGAGUGGAUUUAUGAGUGUAUCAAGCUGAACAAAAUUGUUUCUCCAGAUCCAUUUUAUCCUAAGGAAGUCACUUCUGAAGAUCGAGAAGCUGGGGUAUGCACAACAAGCCAGUUUCCCACACAAGCUGUUAGGAUGACAUCUGGUGAUACCUCUUCCCAGCCUCAAAGCCAGCCCCAAGAACUCAUAAAUCUGAGAACUGAAGCUUUUGCUGGUAGAAGUAUUGCAAAUGAAGAAAUGAAGCAUUCAAGUAGAUGGAAUAAGAAGGCAAGGCUCAUGGUGGUUGAAGAAACCAAUUGUUCAUUGACCUGCGUAUCAAAUGAAAAUAAUGCAUUCUGCGGGACAAAUCCCCCAGAAAAGAACAUGAUAGGAAGUACUAAAGAAGAUUCUUCUGCAGUUCCUGAUGUAGCUGCUGCUAUAGAGGAUUUAUUGGAGCAAACAAGCAAGAUCCACGAUCAAAAGUCUCCAUCAAGAAUCGAGUGUGAUAAAGAACUUUUUACAUCUGGUUGUAACAUUCUUGCUCAAGGUCAUGGAGAUCAUCAUACUACUCUUGGAUUGUCUAACGACUGGACGAACAGGUUUGAGAAAAAAGAUGAUUCCCACGGUCAUUCCGGAGAUGCAACUGCAAAUGUGUAUGAUCACUUUAGUGAAACACAGACAGACUCUCAGGUUGUUGGAUAUGCAGAAGACUUGUCUGGCAGACAAAUGAUUAUCGAUAGAGUACGAACAAGGAGUUCUGGCUUGACUUGACACGGGAUUACAGCGUCUUUUGCUGCUUAGAUCACUUACAAGUCUUCUUUAUGAGUUGAUAUUCUGAGCUCUGCCCGCUGUAGAAAUACAGCACAGUACAAUUCAGAAAGGGGUGACUGAUGACUUAAAGCCGGCACAGUGGUAGUCAAUCUUCUCUAGCUCUAAGCUAAGCUUUUCAAUCACACAAGACAAAGGAAAAAUCUUCUCAGCGCCAAACCAGGAUGGUUCUUGACCUUUCCAGCUUUAGAAUUCUGCUUCAUGAGUGCACUAAGCGAAAGUAUUCUUUGCUAGACGUUGAGGCUUUUUAAAAAAAAAAAUGUACGUGUAUUUCGUGUACGAAAUCUACAAGGCAAUGUAAUUAGGCAAAGUAAUGAUUUGAAACUUUUAUUUUUCAAAAUAGUGCUAUCUAUUUUCUCAUUGUAAAGAACCAAGAAGGCAAAUGUAUCUCAGAGGUUUAUAUGUUGUUCGGCAUGAAAUGUAGGAAGUUAUAGCUA